CAUUGUUUGUUAUAUAUAUAUUCAUUUAGUAUCUGUGUGGGGGCCCGCAGCGCCGCACAUGCGAAGCGCCAGCUCAAACUAUAAAGCCUCUCGAAAACUCGAAUACUCGAAUACAAAAGAACAGAUCCGCAGUCGCAUUUCGUAUCCGCAGUCGGAAUCGUGUUGAAACUAGUUUUUUUUUUUUCUUUAUUGCCGCGUCGCGUCUGCCCCACAGUGUUCAGUUAAUUAACAAAGAAAUGUCGCGUGAAAAUGUUCGGAUGACAGCUGCACUGCUGCUCCUCUGCCUGCUGAUGAUGAUGGGUGCAAAGGGUGUGGAGUCCAAGAAGUAUAUGCGCUGCGAGCUGACCCGUGUGCUGGUGGAGACCUACAGAUUCCAAAAGACGCUCAUGUCCAAUUGGAUCUGCCUGGUGGAGCAUGAGAGCUCCUUGGAUACGAACAAGGUGACGAGCAAAGAGAACAAUAGCAAGAACUAUGGACUAUUCCAAAUCAACAGCAGGGACUACUGUGCCGAGGGACGCCGGGGUGGACUGUGCAACAUGAAAUGUGAAGAUCUCUCCAACGAUGAUAUUUCGGAUGAUAUUGCCUGCGCCAAGACCAUACAACAGCGCGACGGCUUCAAAUAUUGGAAGGGCUGGAGUCGGUAUUGCCGCAACACACAGAACCUGCCCAAUUUGGAUGUCACCUGCAAGCUGAGCACUUUAUCGCCCAUACGGAGUCCCAAUUCGUUUUAGAAAGCCAGCAUGAUUCAAAUCUCUUCAAGCGGAACUACUUAAGUCUUAGUUUAAGAAAUCCCGUUCCAAAUUCAAUGAAUUUGCAAUCACAAUUGGAACUGUUGACAAUUGUGCACAGUUUCAUUUCAGGUAUUAGUUCUAGGCAUUCUUAUUUGUCAGCAAUGUUUAAGAAAAUACUUUGUGCAUAUAUAUUAUACAAGAGUUGUAAACAUUAACGUUAUUUAACACCUUACUAGGCCGCUUUAAGGACUAUUGUGAUGUGGCUUGGACAAAAGUAAGUCCUCGUCCUGCUGAUUUGGAAUAUACAAUAAAGAGGACGAAAGUCCGUCAAAAAGCUGAAAAAA